GGUGGCGGCGGUGGGGUGGCGGGAGCGGAGCGGCAUGGCCACGGCGGCUUCUAACCCCUACCUGCCGGGGAACAGCCUGCUCACGGCCGGCUCCAUUGUGCACUCGGACGCGGCCGGGGCGGGCGGUGGCGGAGGGGGCGGCGGCGGCGGCGGCGGCGGGGCGGGGGGCGGCGGCGGCGGCAUGCAGCCGGGAAGCGCCGCCGUGACCUCGGGCGCCUACCGGGGGGACCCGUCCUCGGUCAAGAUGGUCCAGAGCGACUUCAUGCAGGGGGCCAUGGCCGCCAGCAACGGCGGCCAUAUGCUGAGCCACGCGCACCAGUGGGUCACCGCCCUGCCCCACGCUGCCGCCGCUGCCGCCGCCGCUGCCGCCGCCGCUGUGGAAGCCAGCUCACCGUGGUCGGGCAGCGCAGUGGGCAUGGCCGGCAGCCCCCAGCAGCCGCCACAGCCGCCGCCGCCGCCGCCGCAGGGCCCCGACGUGAAGGGAGGCGCUGGACGCGAAGACCUGCACGCCGGCACCGCGCUGCAUCACCGCGGACCGCCGCACCUCGGGCCCCCGCCGCCGCCCCCUCACCAGGGACACCCUGGGGGCUGGGGGGCCGCAGCCGCCGCGGCCGCUGCCGCCGCGGCCGCCGCCGCUGCCGCUCACCUCCCGUCCAUGGCGGGUGGCCAGCAGCCGCCGCCGCAGAGUCUGCUGUACUCGCAGCCCGGAGGCUUCACCGUGAACGGCAUGCUGAGCGCGCCCCCGGGGCCCGGCGGUGGCGGCGGUGGAGCGGGCGGUGGAGCCCAGAGCCUGGUUCACCCGGGGCUAGUGCGCGGGGACACGCCCGAGCUGGCGGAGCAUCAUCACCACCAUCACCACCACGCGCACCCGCACCCGCCGCACCCGCACCACGCGCAGGGACCCCCGCAUCACGGCGGUGGCGGCGCGGGGCCAGGACUCAACAGCCACGACCCGCACUCGGACGAGGACACGCCGACGUCUGACGACCUGGAGCAGUUCGCUAAGCAGUUCAAACAGCGGCGCAUCAAGCUGGGCUUCACCCAGGCGGACGUGGGGCUGGCUCUGGGUACACUCUAUGGCAACGUGUUCUCGCAGACCACUAUCUGCCGCUUCGAGGCCCUGCAGCUCAGUUUCAAGAACAUGUGCAAGCUCAAGCCGCUACUGAACAAGUGGCUGGAGGAGGCUGACUCGAGCACUGGCAGCCCCACCAGCAUUGACAAGAUCGCAGCGCAGGGCCGCAAGCGCAAGAAGCGGACCUCCAUCGAGGUUAGCGUCAAAGGCGCGCUGGAGAGCCACUUCCUCAAGUGCCCUAAACCCUCGGCGCAGGAGAUCACCAACUUGGCCGACAGCCUACAGCUGGAAAAGGAGGUCGUGCGUGUCUGGUUCUGCAACCGACGCCAAAAGGAAAAACGCAUGACGCCCCCUGGCAUCCAGCAGCAGACGCCGGACGAUGUCUACUCGCAGGUGGGUACCGUGAGCGCUGACACACCGCCACCGCACCACGGGCUGCAGACCAGCGUGCAGUGAAUGCUGGGGCGCAGCGCGAAGAGGGCCGCCGCCGCCGCCACCUCCGCAGCCGCUGUCAGCACCGCCAUGGUCGCCGCCGCCGCCGUCUCCGAGCCGCCGCCGCCGCCGAGAACCACCGCUGCUGCUGCUGCCGUCGCCACCGCCGCCGCCGCCGCCGCCGCCGCUGCCGCCGCGCAGACCCAGCACCUGGCCAGUGCCAGGACAUCUAGGCCUCCUCCCCUCCGCCCAAAGACAGGCGUGCCGCGGCCCUAAGAGGGGGGAGGACAGCUGGAGACCGAUGAGACUCUUUCUGAAGUCCAAGGAAGGAGGGACCAAAAAAAAUUUUUAAGCAUAAUAAAUACCAAGACUGUUUUAUAUGCAUAUAUAACAAACAAAACCGGAAGAGGAAAAGGGGGCAACAGGGACAUCUCGUUUAUACAGUGGUGUUCUGCUUCUGUUUUGAAAGAAGGGUGAAGAUACCUAACGCACCUAAACUGCACACUUGAGGUACUGUCCACACCAAGAUGUCCUGCAUGGCGUCGUUGGUGGAGAACACCUGCCUCCGAGAUAAGAGAGAGACCCCCCUCCCCUUUCUUCCACUUCUUCCAAAAGGGCUGCCUAAAAGAUCCAUGGAAACUUUUCUUCAUGGGGAGCGACCUGAAAAGAAAGACGCACCAGGUUUCCUGCAGGUCUGACUCUGCUCUUGGACAGUGUUUUUCUUGGCCAUAUUCAAGUCUUUGGGGGAACAAAUAAAUCAACUAAGAAAUGGGAAGAAAGAAGAAACAGAGUCUGGGGGGAAAGAUUCACAGCUUCUGAAGUUCACAGACUGAACAGGAAAGCCAAAAGAAAGCACCCUCGUCCUCGCAGUAAACUUGGAAAUAAAAGCAUCGCGAAAGAGCCAAGGCUGGGUGAGGCUGAAGGGUAGGUACGUCCAGCCGCAAUCCACUAGCGGAGAGGGCACAACGGCGGGGCCAGGGCCCAGCCUCUGAGACAGCCCAGAAAGGCCAGGCCUCCACCACCGAACCCGGGCUUUGCCGACUGCCGCUCGGGGUGGACCAUGCCUAAAGAUUCCGCCGCUAAUAUUUUUUUUAUUAACAUUUUUUAUUUUUUAUUUCUGGACUGACUCCGAUAAAAGGGUGUGGAAAGACAGCACCAACCGCGCACUUCCCUUGACUUCUGCCCUCAAUCCAUUGCCAACUUUGAUUGAAUGGGUGCUGCGGAUGUGAUUAUGUAAUACUGCCAUUUCCAAGCAGUGUUUUUGGUAGGUUUUAAUAAACAGACUUUUCAAAUGACGGCAAUAUAGAAUCGUUAGAUCCGUUGUUGAUCUAAAAAUAUUUGCUUUAUAUUUUCAUUAAAUGACUUCUUUUAAUAUUUUAUUCAAAAUACUUAUGAACUGCUGCAAAACGGUAAUUUAUUUUUCCCCAGAUCUUGUAUUACGUGUUUUUUUCAGACGAGCACAAAUCAAAAUGAAAUGAAAAUAUGGACAGUUGUUAGGUAAUAAGGGUAUCUUUUGAUGUGAUCAUUUGAUUGUAAUUUAAUUUGAGUAGUGAUUCCGUAAGAGCUGAUUGAGAAAAUAAAUUUGUUAGAAUGAAAUGGUCUGUGUCUGAUGCAUAAACACUGUGUGGGAAGAAAAGAAUCCUUUAGAAAAUAUUUUUUUACUAAUGCAGAUCCUUAAGUCAUAGCAUUAAGAGAGCGGAGUUUCCCCCACGCAAAAGUAUGCUUGAAACCUCUAGAACAGGCUAGGGUUGCUAAAAUAUCUGUGCUUUAGCAAUAGUGGUUAUUCACUCCUUGUUGGUCCAAAAUUUCAGAAUAUUCUCCUUACCCUCAGUUUCAAUGGGUGUCUCUAGUGCUUUUACUGAGUGAUCUAUAAAUACUAGCCAUUUUCUUGAAAGUACCUGUGUUUUGCUACAUCACCAGUGAAAAUAUGCCCACCAGCCAGUCGUGGUAAAUACAGUUCCUCUUAGGUCAGCCUCUUUUUUAUCUCCUUGCCUUCCAAUAUAUCCCUGGUUUUUUUCUUUCUUCCUUUCUUUCUUUUCUUUCUUUUUCUGUCUUUGUGGAUCAGUAGUUGCGAAAGAUAGCUUAUAAAUUCAUUAAGUAUUUUGAUAUCAGUUACUCCCCAUUGACAGCUAUGUGUGAUUAAAUCUCAAUUAUUAAGCCUAUAUUUGCUUUUCUUUCUUAUAUUUCUUUCAUGAAAGAGGAUGGUACUGAGCCCUGCUUUGCUCUUUACUGAGGUUGUUCCUAGUGCACAAUCCAGGCUGCCCAUUUCUGUAGUUUGGUCCUUCAGAGGCAUAGUAACUUUACAUCUUCUUUACCAAUGCCAAGGCUUUAGUUAUUUUGGUCACUUUUUAUAUAAGACCCUGCAGGACGGUCACAUUUAUCAAGUUAAUGCAUCAAUAUUUACAAGCUGGAAAUACAACACCUCAGGUUGUGCGAGAUAAAGAGGAGAAAGGCUCUGAUUGGUUGAGCCCUUGUAUAGUAUGUAUUUUUUUUUUAAGUACUUAGGUGGAAAAACAAUGAUUUUACACAGGAGUUUUCCCCAAUCUCAGCUACCAUUCACCUUUUGCCUAAUUUUGUUAUCUUUGCUGGCUUCCCCUUCCCUCAGUAUAGAUUCAAGAGUUAAAAAAUUCUGGGAAACUAUGAGGACAAGGAAUAGUUAUUUCUCCCAGACAGACCCAAUAGCACAAAGUGAGCCCAGCCAGACAGCCAUGUAUUUGGGUUACAUUAUUUUAGACACCAAAUUGUAGUUAAAAAAAAAAAAAUCACCAGCAUUCUGAUUUGUGAAAUCUGAAAAAGGCCCUAUUUAUUAAACAGAAAGACAUGAAGGUGCAGAUAAGAAACCACAUUUUUAGUUUUCUCUUUGCUUUUGUUUUCUGUUUCUCCUGUUACUGUUAUGACACUGCCUGGAGUUGGGGUAGGGUAAGAGUCAUCAUUUUUUUGUUUGGUGGUGGUGGUGGUGGUGGUGGUGGUUGUUGUUGUUGUUGUUGUUGUUGUUGUUGUUUGAGGGACUCUGAGAGUAAGCCAAGAAGGCCUCCCUGGAAGAGAGGAAUGCUGUUUGUAAAUGGUGCACACCACUGGCAUGUGAGAGGGAUCUUGGUGGGUUUUGUUUUUGUUUUUUGUUUUGUUAUUUGUUUAAGGGUGAGGGUUUUAUUUUUAUUUUUUGUUUUUUGUUUUGUCUGAUGUUUUGUUUUGUUUUCCUGAUGGAAUAGUGGUGCCUGACUAGGUAAGGAAUGGGUCUAUUUUAAAUGUCAGGAGGUAUCUGCUUUCUUGAUUUAGCUCAUGACAAAAGAGCUAAUGUUAGAUGUUACACUGUCUUCUGUGAAAAAGCCACCUUUGCUGGGCUCCUUUAGAAGAAGCCCUGAUUUAUGGGUAGCAGAGUAAGUUUUGAUUGAAGAAGAUAGACAAAGCAAGCAGUUUUGCUUGCCAUUGUGUGUUUUGUAAAGUAAGCGGAUGCUUGCACUUUUUGUUUUAAAGUCAAUCCUUUGGAUGUAUUUACAAAAUGAAAUUCAUGGUUGAGCCACAGCAGAGAAGAGGUUUUGUGCUAAGGCUCAUAUUGUUAGACAUGUAAAUAAUGAACAUAUUGUUGUAUAUCACCAGGUCUUU